GAUGUGCUGGAGAUCACAGUCAACAAACCUAACAGAGAGCGGCAGAAACUCAUGAGAGAGCAGAACAUACUCAAACAGAUAUUCAAGCUGCUGCAGGCCCCAUUCACUGAUAGUGGGGACGGCCCUAUGUUGCGUCUGGAAGAGCUCGCAGACCAACGUCACGCACCCUUCCGUCACAUCUGUCGGCUCUGCUACAGAGUCCUACGUCACUCACAACAGGACUAUCGCAAAAAUCAGGAGUACAUAGCAAAGCAGUUCCGCUUCAUGCAAAAGCAGAUAGGAUAUGAUGUGCUUGCUGAAGACACUAUUACAGCUCUGCUGCACAACAACAGGAAGCUUCUAGAGAAACACAUCACUGCAGCUGAGAUAGACACCUUCGUCAGCCUGGUCCGCAAGAACAGAGAGCCCAGAUUUCUGGACUACUUGUCAGAUUUGUGUGUGUCUAUGAAUAAAUCCAUCCCUGUCACUCAAGAACUCAUCUGUAAUGCUGUGCUGGACCCAGCAAAUGCAGACAUCCUCAUCGAAACCAAAGUACACUGA